CAGACCAAAUACUCGAUAAUCUGGACUUCUUUUUACUUUACUACAGGUUUUUAUUAGAAAAUAACUUCGGUGUCACUGACACUGACACAUGAGCACGCGUUUUUCGGUUCGUGCAACUAGAUCCAGAGACACGCACACGGGCACGGAGGGAAUCAACGAACCAGAAGCAGCAACGGGACGGAACGGGAGGGAGUAGUAGCAGUCUAGCAGAGGAGAGGAGAGCAGCGGAGACGAGACGCGAAGCGGAAGGAACCAAACAGGCAAACGGAACGGAACAUCUCCUCGGCUCCUUCCUCCUCUGGCCAGCUGCUGUCGCCCCUCGCCCGCCACGGCACCUCCUCCACUUCCAGAUCUUCCCGCCGUCCCAAAAAUAGUGCCCACCAAAACCCUACCCUCCCCGCCCGUUUCAUCCCCUCCCUCGCGGCCUCCGACCCCGCCCUUCCGCCGCCUGACUAAUAAACCCUAGCACCCACCUCCGCCGCUGCCAUGGCGGGCCCGUCCGGCGCAUCCUCCUCCUCGCGCGGCGGCGGCGGCGGCGGCGUUGACCGCUUCUACAGCCCGCCCCACGUGCGCCGCCAGCAGCAGGAGGAGCAGCUGCAGCGGCUCAAGGGCCUGGCCCAGGGGCAGCGCACGUCGUCCCCGGCGGCGGGGACGCUCACGCCCAGGGCCGCCAGGCAGAAGACGCCACCGGCUGAGACGCCCGCCCCGGUUAACGAGUCCGAGAGGCGGGUCGACGCGUCCUCCAAGCCGCCCGUGUCCGCGACGGCCUCCACCGCCAAGGCGGCUGCGACGGCUGAUGCGGUCACGACCUCGCCGCCGGCGCCUGCGGUGCUGGAUGAGGUCGGGAAUCUCGAUAGGUUCCUUAUCUCCACCACGCCAUCUGUGCCCGUGCACUACCUGCCCAAGACCAGCAUGAGGGGAUGGAGGAUUGGUGAUGUUACGAAUUCUCGACCAUAUUUCUGCCUUGGAGAUCUCUGGGAGGCUUUCAAUGAGUGGAGCUUUUACGGGGCUGGUGUUCCCCUUGUUAUAAGUGGAAGUGAAUCUGUGAUUCAGUAUUAUGUGCCAUACCUUUCUGCUAUACAGCUGUAUGCAGACCCUUUGAAGCUUCCAUCGAGGAUCAGCGAAGGUAGCAGUGAAACUGAUGAUAUCCGAUUAAGAAGCUUAACUGUGGAAGCUACACAUCGAUUGGAUGGUGGCUUUCAAAGGGAUGGCGAUGAAAUGCACUCACCAUCGACUCGUCCAAUUUUUGAAUAUCUUGAGACAGAUCCACCAUUUGGUAGAGAGCCUUUAACAGACAAGGUAUCAGUUCUUGCAAGUAGAUUUCCAGAUUUGAAGAAAUUCAGAAGUUGUGACCUGCUGCCAACCAGUUGGAUGUCUGUUGCAUGGUACCCUAUCUAUAGAAUCCCUACUGGACCAACACUCAAGGAUUUGGAUGCAUGUUUCUUGACAUUUCAUUACUUAUCAACACCUUCCAAGGAUACUGAUCCCAGUACACCACCAUGCCCCAAUUUGGGGGGGCUUAAUUGCAACAUGAACGCCGCUGGCAAACUAACAUUGCCCGUCUUUGGACUGGCAUCAUACAAAUUGAAGAGCUCUAUUUGGUCGUCAAAUAGGCCUGAGGAGCAGCAGCUUGCAGCUUCACUGACGCAGACAGCAGAUGACUGGCUUCGCCAUCGCCAAGUGUACCAUCCAGACUUCCGGUUCUUUCUCACCCACUUCAACACAGCAUUGAGAUGACAUGAGAUGGUCGCAUCUCUCGCUGUAAAUUGUCUUCGUUAGUACAACCUCCGUUCUCGAAUAUUUGUUGUCCACUAUAUUUUUGAACUAAAACGCGACAAAUAAAAAAGAACGGAGGAAGUAUAUUAUAUGUUGUUGGCUGAGCCAGGCUACCUGUAACACUAUGUGGUUGACCGCGUAACUAGCGCUUCUCUGAACUUUUUUCGUAUGGUUCAGUAGUUCAAGCCAGACAGCUAAUUUGUAACUUCUCCAAUAAUUCUUUUGUUGUAGGUAAACUUUUGAGAGUAAACAUUAUGGAGAUCUGUAAAACAGAAACUGAUGGUUAUAAACUUUUUAAACUUAGACUUGAGAACACAUUGCUUAUAAUUUAGUUUAACCUUGUAUUA